AUAAUCAUAAUUUACGCUCCACAUACAAAUUCCAGAUAUCCGAUAUAUAUAUCAAAUCUUCCCCACCAUCACUUCGAGCAACAUGGGUAGUGUUAGCAAUGGCGAUAACUACGUUCUCGGCAGGAGCGUUAUGGAGAGCGUGAGACUAGAUGGUCAACACUUCAUAUUCAAACUCCAAAACGGCUACACCAUUCAUCCCCAAAUCCCCAUUACCCCGGACACUAAGAUUGCAGAGAUAGGCACGGGAACUGGCAUAUGGCUUCUGGAUGUGUCCUCUCAAGUUCCUCCAACCGUUCAGCUUAACGGUUUUGACAUCUCAGAGGAACAAUUUCCGGCCCAGUCGACCCUGCCAAGUAACAUGACUCUGCAAGUCAUGGAUGCCUUUGCUGAAGUACCUGCAGAGCAUUUUGAGAAAUACGAUGUAGUACACAUGCGACUCUGGUGCGCUAUCAUUAGGGGAUGUGAUACAUUUCCUCUUAUUAGACAUGCAACGCAAUUGCUAAAACCGGGCGGCUACCUACAGUGGGAAGAAUACAAUCCCAGCAGAAGCGGAACGUACAUCAACGGGGCUGAAGCUGAGGCAUUGUAUUCUUUCGCUUCCAUGCUUCGGAAAGAAUUGGAUAUUGACCCCUCCUGGCUUGUGGAUAUCCCAAAUCGUGUAAAGAAGGCCGGGUUAAAUGUUUUGGAGUUCCGUACGGACCCAUUUUCAAAAGCCUGCGUUCCGAUCGUGACUAAGUCGUUAUUAAUGUUCCAUAUGAGUCUCAUUGAUGGAGCAUACAAAGCUGGCGUUUCGGGUCUGCCACCUCGUCACGAGGCUGAUGCUGUGCUAACAGCGGCGCUGCAUGCCGCCAAGAAUGGGGUAGCACAAUAUUCCAAUCCAUUGGCAUUGCUGGCGCAAAAGCCAUUGGCCUAA